AUUCCUGGAGUUGAGGAACCAGGGCUUGUGGUUGGUGGAGUUCUAUGCCCCAUGGUGUGGCUACUGCAAGAAGCUGGAACCGGUGUACAAGGAAGUAGCUACAGUGCUACAGCAACUUCAGAGUCCUGUCCAAGUAGCCAAACUGGACUGUACAAAGUAUUCUCAAGUAGCCAAUGAAUUCUCCAUCAGAGGAUUUCCAACAAUCAUGUU